CAAAAGGACGCAUCCAAUAAAAGCUGGAGGAGCUGCACAGAGGAGGGCAGCAUUUGGUUAAAGGGGUGAAAACAAAAAUCAGGCAUGUUUACCUGGAGGUGAGCAUGGAUAAGAGUCCGCAUCUGAGUAAAGGGAUGGAGGGAAGAAGAAGUGAGGAGAGGAUUCUCCACACGCUGACCGAAACCAUGCAGGGGCUCCAAAGCCUCAGGAGCUCCAGCGGCCUUUGCGAUGGAAAGAUGGACAGGAAGAGCUGCUCAGGAGAGAGGGACGAGAGGACGGAGAGCGCCAAAGAAGAGGAGGAAGAGUGGAAACGGAGAGUUCUGGUGGUGCUUAAGGAGCUGAGUGUGUUUCACUCAGACAGAGUGACAGCAUGGAGAGAAACUCUGAGAAAAUCCACCGGAGUGUACACCGAUCUGCCACCAGGGGGAGACAAACUGCAGCAUUCACCCACAACAGAAUGUGACGUUAGGUCUUGUCCAGACUCCUUCAGCCACAUGAUUCUGGAUCUUGUGGUGGACAUUGACAAGAUAGUGGACACACUGAAUGUAAUCAGUACUAAAAUGGACAAGGAAAUCCUUCAAAUGUGUGCAGAAGAUGCAAACACAGAGCAGUUAAACCCUGAAGCUCCUCAAGUAACCAAAGAGUCCCAAACGGCGCCACCACCUGAGGAUCGCCCAAACUCUCACGUUCCCCCUGAAUCCAACUCUGGACUUCAAGAAGAGAUAGGCAAUGAAAGCGAGGGAAGUCCUGCAAUGCUGCCUGUCUCAAACUCCAGCUUUGACACGGGUGGGCCAGGGGCUGGAGAGGUCAGAGGUCAAGGGAGUGCCUGUUUUCCUGCAGAAGAAAAGGAGAGAGAGAAAGCAGACUGCAAGGAGAAAGAGGAAACAAACAGAGAAUGGAUCACAGUAGGGCUUACUGGUGAAGUGAAGGACAACCGCACGGAUGUGCCGGAUGCAUGCAUUAUCAAAGCAUCUGUGGGCGUGGUCAAAAUGAUGAGGUGUGAGGUGGCCGACGCCCUCAGCUUUUUGAUGGUGGCUGGAUCAGAAGAACUGGUCAGCAGAGUAAUCUGGGUCAAAACUCAAGAGGGUGCCAAGGUUCGCUUUCCUGUGACUGUGGCAGUGCCUUUCUGUGCACGUUACCAUGGUAUCUACAGGGACGUCGCAGUCAAGAUACUGCAUGGUGAAAGGCGAGCGAGCUACAUCACUCCUGUCACAAAAGAGUGGAACUACGGAGAGAAGAGGGGUUUGUUUGCACAGGUGAAGGUGUAUUCUCUGGGCCUUUUUGCAGUGGUUUCCUGCCUGAAGAGAGAAAAUUUCACUGUUCCCAAAAGGGGUUUGUCACAAAAACUCACGAUGGACCCCCGCAUCUGUCUGAAAUACCUCCCAGGAGCCUUCACUGCUCCCGUGAUAGCACAGUGCAUAAUCCAGCCAUUUGACGCCAUCCUUCUGGCUGCUGUCAAAUCCAGAAGUGAUGCUUAUCGCUUGGUGGUCUCCACUAGCCCAGUACUCUACCUCACCCACCCUUCCUCCCAACCCCUGAGGAGACCCCUCACCAUCUCCAUUCCCUGUCCAGCAAACCCAGAAAAGAAGAAGGCUGGACAAGAAGAGGAACCAGAACAUCAUCACCACUCCUGCAGGAGCAGGUCUUCUCCAAGAACGUCUGGUGCUUCUUUGAAGUCUUCUCGGGAGAUUUCAGGUGAGUCACUGAUCCUCAUGGCCUCAAGAGACAAACAGUGGAAAGUCCUGGAGAAGGUCACCGUGAGGAACCAGCAGAAAGACUGGUGUUCUUUGAACUUACAGAGAAACGUGGACAGGCUGCUCGUUGUUCGUCUCCUCUCUCCAGUGCUGCCGUGCCAUCUCAUCUCUUUGGUGGAGGAGCUGGAGGAGUCCGUGUGCCACCACACAGUCACCGUGGUUCUCAAGCGGCAAAACGAUGAGCCGCACGCCAUCCUGGUGGCUGCUCUGCCCAGCAGAGAUCUCAGCUGGGAACUGUCUAAACUGCGAACCCAGGGCUACAGUGACCUCCUGGGGACAUCAGCAGAAAUCUCAAUGUGUGAAGGAGACCAACUUCUCCUCCAGUAUAGUGGGAACGUCACCUCCACAGGAAUUCAAGGCAAUCGAAAUGAUGGCGCACUGGUGGAACGACUCACCUUUCACAGUCCAGCGAAAGAACCAGCUCUUAGUGCCUUUAACGAAGUGGACCCAUUCGGGAACUACAGCUCUCCUCAUUACAAAGGCGUGGUCGCAUUCAUAGGUGCUAGAGGUCAAACUGACGCGGCAAGGUAAUGACCUCAUCCCGAUGAAGGUAACGCGGCUGGAAGAGCGGUCUGUAAGAUAUCCGUGACUUUACCCAAGUGGGCAAAAUCUGUUACAAAAAAGUUUUCAAAAUCAGGCUUCAAAUUCAAGAAUGGUGGUGAUAUUUUGUGUUUUGGUUCACAGAGAGUGAGAA